UUGUGACUGAGACUGUCUCCUCACAUAAGAUGAACCGAUACAGUAAUAUAACCACAGAGACACUUCUUGGACAAUGAUCCUUAUCUCUUAAAAGAGGGCUUGUGAGGUUGUCAUUAAUCCCAUCUCUCUAAUGGACGAUAUAAAUGCAGACUGAAUCCUCAAUGUUCAUACUGAUUGGAGAGGCAAGCGCUGUGGUUGCCAUGGCAUCACUGAGGGGGAUCUACUUCCUGACCACCCUGUUCCUGGGUAGUUUCUUCGGCAGUGUCUUCAUGCUCGCCCCCUUCCUGCCUCUCAUGCUGGUCUCUCCUGCCUGGUACCGCUGGCUGACAGACCGCAUCGUGGCCACCUGGCUCACUCUCCCUGUGGCUCUCUUGGAGAUGGUGUUUGGUGCGAAGGUGGUGAUCACGGGCGAUGGAUUUAUCCCUGGCGAGCGCAGUGUGAUCAUCAUGAAUCACCGCACGCGCCUCGACUGGAUGUUCCUGUGGAACUGCCUCCUGCGCUACAGCUACCUGAGGCUGGAGAAGAUCUGCCUCAAGGCCACGCUCAAGGCAGUCCCUGGAUUUGGCUGGGCCAUGCAGGUCGCCUCCUUCAUCUUCAUUCACAGGAAAUGGGAGGACGACCAGCGCCACGUAGAGGCCAUGCUGGAAUACUUCUGUGCCAUCCGAGAACCCCUGCAACUGCUCAUCUUCCCCGAGGGCACCGACCUGACAGCUAACACUCGGGCGCGCAGCGAUGUCUUUGCAGAGAAGAAUGGGCUGCAGAAGUACAAGUAUGUGCUGCACCCCCGGACCACCGGCUUCACCUUCAUCGUAGAGAGUCUUCGCAAAGGUGAUAAUCUAGACGCUGUCCACGAUAUCACAGUGGCUUACCCCCAGAACAUCCCCCAGACAGAGCGGCACCUGGUGACAGGGCACUUCCCCCGCGAGAUCCACUUCCACGUGCAGCGCUACCCGGUAAAGGCUCUGCCCGAGGGCACAGCGGAGCUGCAGGACUGGUGCCAGGAGCGCUGGCGGGAGAAGGAGCAGCGCCUGCGGGAUUUCUACACCGGAGGGCACUGUUUCGACACCUCCGGCUGCAGCCGCAUUCCCCCCUGCAAGUCUGAGUUUCGGGUGAUGCUCAUCAAGAUGGUCUCGCUGGUGUACUGGACCGGCUUCAUCGCGCUCUCCUUCACGGCCCUCUACUGCUCCAGCCUGCUGCGCUACUACCUCCUGUUCAUUACAAUCUUCUUUCUGGCUCAGGAGAGAGUGGUCGGGGGCCUGGAGGUGCUGGAGCUGGCAUGCCACCGUUGGAGGAAGAGUACCAGAGAAACGGCAGCAAAUGAGACAAAGAAGUGCAAGUGAGGAGGAGGAGGAGAAGGAGUCGUAACAGAAACAGACAAACGGACAUUCCCGGGAACAGCAAUUUAGUCAAAGGUACCCGCAGGUGAGCAGUGAGGCAGCUGCUAGAUCGUUAACUCCUCCACCACGCUUAGAAUUACACCGGGCACUCCGAGGAGAAUGAGGAGUGAAAAUAGGAAUGCAUCUCCCGUGCUGCCAUCCAUGAGUUUAGCAGGACCCAGACUGAGCUUGUUUAUUUCCUGUCAUGUUUUUUUGUUAGUUUUUUUUUUUUUUUUUUAGAUUUCUGUUUUUUUUGUUUAAAACGUGCUAGUGGUAGGUUUGUGUUGUGGAGACAAGGAAUCGAUCCAUACUUACAUACACAUACACACGCACACACACACAUGCAUGCACGCAUACAUUUUCAAUGUUCUGCUUUCGCGCGUGCUGUUAAACAUAAGUUAGGCAGCCAGGUGGAAAUGAUUAAUUCUGCAACAGGUGUGGAGGUUUUAGUACUUUUCAGUUUCUUCUUUGCUUCUGACCAGCAGCUGACCAAUUGCUUCCAGGGUGGAGAUAUCCAAGCUAAAGUCUCAGGACUCUUUGGCUACCUUUAAUCCUCUGCCCUGGAACCCUCUGUGUCACAGUCCUGACCUCGCUGUACAUCCUCCACCACACAGUAAGACUCCCUCUGAAAAACACUGCUGCCAUCCUGCCUCCAGAGCUGUAGACCUUAAUGGGGUCUUAUGCUGGUUACACAAGAAAGAAUUGAAUGUUGUUGAAAAAUGCAGCGAGAUCAGUUAGAAUCUGACCAGCCCUCUCCUUCCUUUAAAUGGCCCUGUUUACCUGUCUUCUACUAAGUAGGUGAUUUUUCUUUAUAGCAAGUAUAACCUCCCUCAUUUAAGUGCUCGUAUUAAUCAUGCCUCUGAAAACCAGCCGUUAUAUCUAAACAUUGCUGUAUUUAAGUAUGUUAGGUGGAUCAAUAGAUGGAUGCCAAGUUUAAAAGGAAAUGGUGGGUAGAGCGGCAGUAUUGUACUAAUUUGUCCCAUCAGAUUUUAAUUUAAGAUCCCAUUGCAAUCAAAGUAGAAAUGUACAGUUCACCGUGUAAAGGGCAGCGAUAUAUGCUGGUGUUUUGUAACCCUCUAAAGAUGUCGCCAACAUGUAAAAGUACAGAUGAUAUGAACUGAAAUGAAUUGGAAGAGCUGUGCAAAAAAGUGAAGACACCCACAACAGCCAGGCUUACUGUGUAUUACAAUAUUAUUGUAGUAUAUAGUAGACCGUGAUUAUUGAUGUGAUACAGCCAUCUGAAAUGUAAUUGUAUCAGAUUGAAAUGGUGUUGCAUUAGAAGUAGCUGUACUGUUUUUCUUAUUUAACGAUAUGUUAUACAGUGGGGUAUUGCAGAUACAAGCUAUUUGUCACCCACUCAAGGUCAGACAGGCCAGUAAGCCCACAUGUGGCAAAGCCACUGGAGUGCAUAUCGACAUGUGUCAUACAUCACCUAACACCAUAUUAAAUAUGUAACACACAUUAAAACAAUGCACACAGAUGUUAUUAUGAAGUCAGAGGGAAUGUUGUAGAAAACCAAGGAGCUCCUUUGGAAAUGCUGUGAAUUUUUAAAGGCAUUAUUUUAAAUAGUGCAAAAUGCAUUUUAUUUUUUUAGCAGCUUCUGUUUUAGAAUCGCAUGUUUUAAAUGCGACAAGUCACUCAGCUUGUGGUUGUUCUUGUGUUCUUCCGAUUUGUGACGUGUUAAACAUGUUUGUGUCUCUGCGUUGAUUUGCUGGUAUCAGUGAAUCUGGGGUUCAUGGCAAAGUUUCGGAUCAUAUUGUAUGCAUUAUUCUGUGGAAGAAAAAAAACUAGUUGUGUAAAAAAUUCAAUGUAAAUGCACUGCAGAAUGUAAUAAUAAUAAUAAACAGGGGUUCAGGUGUUGCUUCUCCGAAGCACCCACGUUUGUGUUUGUUGCAUGUGACAUAUUGUUUCAGUUCAAACACAUGGUGGUCCACCUUCAAAGUUUUUAUUGCAUGAAGUUUCUGAAAUGUUUCUUUUACCUUCGUAGAAUCAAGACUGAAAAUCGUAACGUUAUUGGCAGCCUUGAGCUACGAAUAGUCCUGUUUGCAUUAGAUUUUAAAACCUCAGGAAAAAAACAAUUGCUGGGUGGAGAACCGGCUCCAAAUAAAGCUGUUUUAAACAUGCUUGUUUGUACUGUACAGUCUGUGUGUGUCAAUUAAGUUGCAAACUGUCUGCUUAUGUAAACCACUGCUGAAUCUCUGAGAUUAAACUUAAUUGUUUUAAACUGUGCCAAUUUAAAGUGUAAAUAUGCCAUUGCUGGUCUCUUAGCAGCCGUUGAGUUAAACAACAACCAGAUCUCAGUUCAAGCACCUGUUCCAGUUUACAGCCCAGGAGAUGGGUGCCAAUUCUGCAUACAAAAGUUGCCAAUCACCCUUCUGCCAGACUGGAGCUGCAAAACCUGAUAGGCGCCGGCAUCAUCAAUAUUAAAAAUAAUAAUAAUAAAAAAAAAAAAAAAUAGAAAGAAACAGGUGCAUUUAAAAUGAUGCUUAGUUUCUUGCAAGUUUUAUAGGGGUGUAUUUUCAAAGCCUGUCUUAAAGAAAAAAAAAAUCAAUGUUAAUGUUAAAAAUGAAAAACAAAAUCCGAUUAACUGAGAGUGCCUGGGUUAUAUUGAUUCUAGUUUUCAACAAAGAAGGAUUGAAAAAACACUUCUAAAAUAUGACCCAUAAUGUUUUAAUUUUCAGAAUGUGGAGGGUGGGGGUUGUGAUUAAAAAAAAAAA